AGAUUGAAUAUUUGCAACAAAAUCUACCAAUUUCUCUCUCUUCUUCUGUGAAAUACACGUAUACUCUCUUUCUCUCUCUCUCCACACAUAUAUACACCCGUGCAUACAAUAUAGAGAGAGAAAGUCAGCUUCUCUAUAAAAAAGGAGUGAACCCCUUUCAAAGCCUCACUCCAUUUUUUCUCUUCCUCAGAUUUUUUUUAGAGAAAGAGUGAAAGUGAGAAAGGAUUUGGCUUGAACAAGACGUUAUUUUAAUUUUACUUUUUAUUUUUUGUUCUGAUUUCUCUCUGCUUUACAACAUUUGUUCCUGCAUUUUUACACAUUUUCAAGAAGAAGGUUCUUUUUUCCCCUUUCCUUUUAAAAUAACUGAUCCGAGAACUAGGGAUUUUUGGCUUGUGUGGGAUUGGGUAUGAGGUUCAACGGAGAAAACCCAGCUGAGAAAGAAGGAGAUGAAGAAGAACAGAAGGGUAGGGAAGUAAAUUCCCUCCGAGGAGUUGGGUUUCAUCAUCAACCACAGAAGCUCAUCGUUGGCUAUGCCUUAACGUCCAAAAAGAAGAAAAGCUUCUUACAGCCUAAGCUCUUGGCUUUAGCUCGAAGUAAGGGGAUAUUCUUUGUUGCUAUUGAUCUAAACAAGCCACUAUCGGAUCAAGGUCCCUUUGAUGUUCUUCUGCAUAAGUUGUUAGGAAAAGAAUGGAGCGAUGUAAUUGAGGAUUACAGGCAAAAGCAUCCAGAAGUAACUGUUCUUGAUUCUCCAAAGGCCAUACAGCAUCUACAUAAUCGUCAGUCCAUGCUUCAGGAUGUGGUAGAUCUAGAGUUGUCUGACUACCAUGGCAAGGUGGGCAUCCCCAAGCAAUUGGUUAUCACUGAAGAUCCGUUGUCAAUACCUUAUGAAGUUACUAAAGCUGGGCUGAAUUUACCUUUGGUUGCAAAGCCCCUACUUGUGGAUGGCAGUGCCAAAUCUCACGAAUUAUUCCUAGCAUACGAUCAAUUCUGUCUCUCAGAACUUGAACCUCCCUUGGUCCUUCAGGAGUUUGUGAAUCAUGGGGGUGUAGUCUUUAAAAUAUAUAUUGUUGGUGAUGCUAUAAAGGUGGUUAGACGUUUCUCUUUACCCGAUGUUACUAAACAUGAACUGGCCGAUGUUACUGGCCUGUUUCGAUUCCCUAGAGUUUCAUGUGCAGCAGCUACCGCAGACGAGGCAGAUUUGGAGCCUAGUAUUGCUGAACUUCCUCCUCGACCUCUACUCGAGAGGCUUGCUAAAGAGCUUCGUCGACGACUGGGUCUCCGGUUGUUCAAUAUAGAUAUGAUCCGACAGCAUGGGACCAGAGAUGUCUUUUAUGUAAUAGACAUCAACUAUUUUCCAGGUUAUGGGAAAAUGCCAGAUUAUGAGCACAUAUUUACAGAUUUUCUGCUAAGCUUAGUUCAGAACAAGUACAAGAAGAGACCUUCUACUUAAUAUAGGUCUGCUGUAAAUAAAGUUUCUUGCGGUUGCAGCAGGCAUGGGCCCCUGUGUAGUUGAAGAAGAAGAACAAUAACAUCUUGUUCUAGCUUGUGUAAUUACUUACUGGUAUGAUAUGCCCCUCAAGCCAUUCAACUCCCCCAUGUACAAAAAGUUACCCAUCAAUCUAAAGUCAACAUUUUUUUUUUUUGGUAUUUGGGAUACUUUGUGCUGUUUCUAGGCAAAUGUUUGGAUGUUUCUUUCUUCUCGUAAACGAUUUGAUAGUGACUUGGCUAACUGAAAUUUAAAUAAUUUAUCAACAGAGAGGGAAGGCAUGCAUGUUUGGAAAUUGUAUUUGUUUUCUGAUUAAGUUUUUAUAUUGACAAAAUAAUAAGUAACCUUAUAAACCGAUUACUGGGUAAUUGAUGCUUAGGUGGAUAGAUUUAUGGAUUAACAUCCACCUGAUAAUUAAUCAAUUAAUAUCUUUUACAUUAAUAUUAAUAAAUUUCUUAGCUA